CUGUAUCUUCUGUACGUGUUUCUUAUUCGUGAUAUCAUAGUCGCAUUGGAAAUAAGAUGCUUAAAUUGAGAUUACCUAGCAGGAUUGCUGCAUGAAUACUCCUACUCAAUUGUAUCUGCUGUAGCUAUACCCCUGAAAUAGUACCGUAAUUACCAACAAAAUUACCGCUAAUGCUAAGAGAAAGCAGUCAAUCGCGCAACAAAUUGUGCAACCGCAUCGUGUAACGUUGACUGUUAAAAAUGUCCCAUCAAGCUAAGGGGGCUCAUGACGUCGAAGCGGAUGACCUUGUGCCCAUCUUGACACCCACCACCGAUAUUUUACCACGUUUAAAGACCUUGGCCGCCCAUUUCGCAUCAAAAUACAAUGUGAACCCUUCCUUCUUCGCUCGAGUGCCAGGAAGAGUAAAUUUGAUAGGCGAGCACAUCGAUUAUUGCGGAUAUGCCGUCUGUCCAAUGGCUAUUGAACAAGAUAUCCUUGUUGCAGUAGCAUUGUCAAAAUAUAACGACAUUUACCUCACCAACAUUAAUCCUAAAUACAAGGACUUUCAAUGCAGUUUCGAGAAUGUAGGAUCUUGUAUUAGUGAUAGCGAGAGCGGACCGGCAUGGUACAAAUAUUUUUUGUGCGGUGUAAAAGGAGCAUUGGAAGUAAUCCCAACAGAGUCCAUUCCUACGGGAAUCCUGGUUGCGGUAUGGGGCAAUAUUCCUCCUAAUUCUGGCCUCUCGAGUUCUAGUGCGCUCGUCUCGGCCGCACUCCUUUCAAUCGCACAUGCCAAUCAGCAUCAGUUGUCGAAGCAUGAAUUGGCAACUAUCAGCGCUCGAGCAGAGAGACAUAUCGGAACUCAAGGUGGAGGAAUGGAUCAGGCCAUCGCUUUUCUUGGAAAAACUGGUUCUGCUAAAUUGAUUGAAUUUAACCCCUUACGUGCCACCGAUGUAACAUUGCCAAAGAACGCAGUCUUUGUAAUAGCGCAUAGUCAAGCUUAUCACAACAAAGCCUCGACUACUGACUUCAAUCUCAGAGUUGCAGAAUGCCGAUUAGCUGCACAGAUAAUAGCUAAGAAGAGAAAUAAGGAUUGGGAGCAUAUUCAAAAAUUAAUCGACAUUCAAAAGAAGCUCGCUUUUGACUUGGAUGAGAUGGUUACUGUAGUAAUGUCAGAUUUACACGAACAGCCGUAUACUCUUGAUGAGAUCUGCGAGAGCCUCGGUACAGACUAUGAACGAUUGAAGAAGACGUCUCUCAUCAGUUCCUUUAAUACCUCGCAAACGUUCAAACUGCAGCAACGAGCGCUGCACGUUUUUCAAGAGGCUAGCAGAGUGCUCGCGUUUCAACGUAUAAAUAAAGAAAGCGGUAUAAUGGAACUCGAGAAGCUCCAACAUCUGGGCAGUCUGAUGUCAAAGAGCCACGCCAGUCUCCAUAAACUGUACGAGUGCAGCCAUCCCAGCGUGGACUUACUCGUCGAAAAAGCUAUACGUCGCGGUGCAUAUGGCGCCAGACUCACGGGAGCUGGUUGGGGCGGUUGCAUCGUAGCAAUCAUUGAUAAAACCGAAGUUCAACAAUUCGUGGAUGCUCUCCGAACGGAUCUCUGUCAGAACAGCACAAAGGACCGGGCGGAGCUGAAGGAUAUGGUGUUUCCGACGGCACCGAAUCAGGGUGCUGUUAUUUACACUGUAUCAACACUGUUUUGAAUCAUAAAGCCCGCCGGUGUAAUAAAUAUAGCCACUUUUCUUGGC